AUGACUUCUUUCAUUACCACAAUGUUCGUCCAUACCCCUUCUGCGUCACAGCCAUCGUUCCACUACAGCCCGUUCCCCUCAUUUCCUUCCGAUCCGAAACCCCUUCCUCCCGUUUUCACCCUCCCUCCAUCCGCUCCCGAGCCGUGCAUUCGUGCCGAUCAGCAAGAUUGCGUGUUUGGGGGGCCCGACAGCGGUGUGCCGGUGCGCCGCGAUGCCGGCUGCUGGGACGACGCAUAUUGGCACCGGGCGCACCUGGGAUAUACCCCGCCCACACUGCCUGGCGGUGUUUACACCAGCCCGCUACAAAAGGCGUUUGGCGAGGCUCUCCACAGCAACCUUCAUGCGCUGCUCGCACCCCAAGCUCCCGCUCCGCCCAACUUGUGCUCGAUCUCACAGCCGGCGCCCGACAUGCAAUCUCGCAUCCCUAUGCGCGCACAUGAAAAUCCCUCGCCUCGCCGGGGGGUUCUCAAGAGCUCACGCACCCCGAAGCGGCCGCACACGCACGUUGUAAAUCAGUUCGGGAAUGGCGAUGCUAAUACUCUCUUCCUCGGUAGCAGUAACAACAGGGCUGGCCGUACUGGCAAUGGCGGUACAGCCGCAUUCCGCGCGAAGGAGGGUAAGCGCGGCACCAGCUCAUGGCAGCUGAAGCAGUUCGCCGAGGCAACCCUGGGAAGUGGCAGUCUGCGCAAGGCGGUACAGCUGCCGGAGGGAGAGGAUUUGGGCGAGUGGCUGGCGGUGAAUGUUGUCGAUUUCUACAACCAGAUCAACCUGAUCUAUGGCGCCAUAACGGAGUUCUGCUCGCCGCAGAGCUGUCCUGAGAUGAAGGCUACCGACGAGUUCGAGUACCUCUGGCAAGACUCUGAGAACUACAAGAAGCCGACCAAGAUGCCCGCCCCAGAAUACAUUGAACACCUGAUGGCCUGGGUCCAGUCCAACAUCGAUAACGAGUCCAUGUUCCCCUCUCGCAUUGGCGUCGCCUUCCCCAAGCAGUUCCCGGCCUUGAUCCGUCAGCUUUUCAAGCGCCUCUACCGCGUCUACGCGCACAUCUACUGCCACCACUACCCUGUCAUCAUCGCUCUCGGUCUCGAGCCGCAUCUCAACACCAGCUUCAAGCACUACGUCCUGUUCGUCGACGAGCAUCAGCUGAACCAGGGAAGCAGGGAUUACUGGGGACCUUUGGGCGACCUCGUUGAGAGCAUGCUCAAGAGCGAUUGA